CGACUUCGACAUGCCUAGUUUCACAGUGACUAGACGCAGCAAAAUUUUACUUGUCUUGUUUUUGGACAUUGAAAUUUCACUUGUCUUGAUAUUGUUUCUUUCAUAUGUAAUGCAAAAUUGAUCAUAAUUGUCAAUUUUGUUGGCAAGGAAAGAGAAAUUAUGAGGAACAGCGAUGGUGGAGGAGAGAAUCCAAACAAAUUCAGUUUUUCUUCACCUUUAAGCCUCGAUUCCAGAUUCAGCCAAACUCUAAGAAAUGUUCAAGGAUGCACUAGGUUGCUCAAGGGUCGCAGUUUCCCUGGUAAGGUAUUGAUAACACGGCGUUCCGAUCCUCUGGAGCAAUCAGUUUCGCCUUCUCCAAGCAAUGACAGAAGGUUUUCAGACGGUGAUGUUGACCAUGGAGAACAAGCUGAUAGAAUGGCUGAGGAUGAUCUCCGAAACAGAACCAGUAGAAAUGCUAUGUCAUCUGUUAAUCAUGCAAACUCUUCAACUACGGGUAGUGAAAACAUAGCAAAAGAGAUUGAAAAGACCCCAAUGGGUGCUAGAGCUACAGAUUCUGCAAGGCUAAUGAAGUUCACAAAGGAAUUAUCCGGGACGAAUGUAGUCUUAGAAAAACUGCGUGAAUUAGCAUGGAGUGGCGUGCCUCCGUAUUUGCGUCCUAAUGUAUGGCGGCUUCUCUUGGGAUAUGCACCCUCUAAUUCAGAUAGAAGGGAGGGAGUUCUGAGAAGAAAGCGGCUGGAGUAUCUUGAUUGCGUUGCCCAACACUAUGAUAUUCCAGAUACAGAGCGCACGGAUGAAGAAAUUAACAUGCUUCGUCAGAUUGCUGUUGACUGUCCCAGAACUGUCCCUGAUGUCUCUUUCUUUCAACAAGUAGAAGUUCAAAAGUCACUGGAGCGAAUACUCUACAUAUGGGCUAUACGGCAUCCAGCAAGUGGUUAUGUGCAAGGAAUAAAUGAUGUUGCAACACCUUUCUUUGUUGUUUUCUUAUCUGAAUACUUAGAGGGUAGCAUCACUACUUGGUCAAUGGCUGACCUUUCUCCCGAAAGAAUAUCAAAUGUAGAAGCUGACUGUUAUUGGUGUCUAUCAAAGUUGCUUGACGGCAUGCAAGAUCAUUACAUAUUUGCCCAGCCAGGGAUCCAGCGACUUGUGUUUAAGCUGAAGGAAUUGGUUAGGAGAAUUGAUGAACCUGUAUCGAAGCACGUGGAGGACCAGGGGCUUGAGUUUCUUCAAUUUGCUUUCCGCUGGUUCAAUUGCCUACUUAUACGCGAGAUUCCUUUUCAUCUUGUUACUCGUUUGUGGGACACUUAUCUAGCUGAGGGGGAUGCAUUACCAGAUUUUCUCGUAUACAUAGCUGCCAGCUUUCUCUUAACGUGGUCGGAUGAGCUACGGAAGCUUGACUUUCAGGAGUUGGUAAUGUUCCUUCAGCAUGUUCCGACACGGAACUGGACUCAUGUGGAGCUCGAGAUGGUGCUCUCUCGUGCUUAUAUGUGGCACACCAUGUUCAACAACUCUCCGAGCCAUUUAGCUGGCUGAGAAGGGUACACGUUCUGUCUUUUGUGAGUUUCAACUGAUUUUUGUUCGUCUUUUUCAUUUGUACGAAGUAAUUCUCAAGUUUCUUCCUCUUGUAUUCUGUUGUAGUAUCACUGUUCUUGUGCGUUUCACCUUUCGACGAGGUUUAUGAUGCAACCGUAGAAUAAUCUUGUAGCGUCCAUUUACGAUUUUUAAAGCUGAAACAUGCAUGGAUUCAGCUUUGUACAUGCCUGAAGAGUAAAAACUGCUGCAACUGGUUCUUCUCUCA